AUCCCGCGCGAGCCAGGCGGCCGCCCCCGUGACUCCGCCCGGCGCGCGGCGCUGCAGCCAUGGCUGUCACCGCCGAGGGCGCCCGCAGGAAGGAGCGCAUCCUCUGCCUGUUCGACGUGGACGGGACCCUCACGCCGGCUCGCCAGAAAAUUGAUCCUGAGGUGUCAGCCUUCCUGCAGAAGCUACGAAGUAGGGUGCAGAUUGGUGUGGUGGGCGGCUCUGACUACUCUAAGAUCGCCGAGCAACUGGGUGAUGGAGAUGAAGUCAUCGAGAAGUUUGAUUACGUGUUUGCCGAGAACGGGACGGUGCAGUACAAGCACGGACGACUGCUCUCCAAGCAGACCAUCCAGAACCACCUGGGGGAGGAACUGCUGCAGGACUUGAUCAACUUCUGCCUCAGCUACAUGGCCCUGCUCCGGCUACCCAAGAAACGUGGAACCUUCAUCGAGUUCCGGAACGGCAUGCUGAACAUCUCGCCCAUCGGCCGCAGCUGCACCCUGGAGGAGCGGCUCGAGUUCUCAGAACUGGACAAGAAGGAAAAGAUCCGGGAGAAGUUUGUGGAAGCCUUGAAGACAGAGUUUGCUGGCAAGGGGCUGAGGUUCUCUAGAGGAGGCAUGAUCAGCUUCGACGUCUUCCCCGAGGGCUGGGACAAGCGCUGCUGCCUGGACAGCCUGGACCAGGACAGCUUCGACAUCAUUCACUUCUUCGGGAACGAGACCAGUCCUGGUGGGAAUGACUUUGAGAUUUACGCUGACCCCCGGACUGUCGGCCACAGCGUGGUGUCCCCUCAAGACACGGUCCAACGAUGCCGAGAGAUCUUCUUCCCGGAGACCGCCCACGAGGCCUGACCCGAGCGCCGCCGCCGCCAAGAGCUCUGCCCUGGCCCAAAGCAAGGCCCGUGGGGUGCCAGCGCCCCUCCUCCUCUGGCCUACGACGUGGCCUCCUGUGGCCCACUGCAAGGUCCACUCACGGGGGACCAGGGUCUGUGCAGUGAUCAUCCCAAGACACUUUCCACCCUCCACCCCGCCAGCCUCUGUCAUGGCUGCUGCUGGUAUCUGAGAGAGCAGGGCAGCCCUGUCUGCCCUGCAAGGAGGCGCCGGUGCCAGCCCACUAAGGAGCCGCCACGCCGGGCUCCAGAGGCCCUGUGG